AUGUUUUUGCCUAAACCAGCUAGAGUCUGUUCAUGUCAUCAGAAUGAUCCGCCUCCCUGGACAGGAGAGAUUCAUGGUCUAAGUCAGGCAUUAACUAGUUCUACAUUGCCUCGAAGAGUUUUUUGGUGGCUUGUAAUGGCUAUUUGCAUAAUUUGUGGAACGAUUACAACAUCAUUAGUUGUUCUAGAAUAUAUAAAUGGACCAACAGCAACUUCAACAACUAUCAAAUUAGUUAAGAGUUUAGAACUGCCGGCUAUAACAAUUUGUCCAAAAGUGCCGGACGCUCUUAAUGAGACUGGAAUUAAGAAUGACAUAAAAAUGGCUUUAGGUGAUUUGUCUGAUGAUACCCUACUUGACGUCAUUCGUUUUUGGAUUGGUGGAAAUGGAUUAGAGAACAUGGAUAAUUUGAGUUAUUUCAAUCAUACUUACAUGAGCUAUUUGAAUCAUUUAUAUCUACAAUGGUCACAAGGAUAUAGCACAGAAGAUUUCUUUUUUCGAAUGCAGGAUAUGUACUCAUAUAGAUGUGAGGAUCUAUUAAAAGAUUGCCAAUUAGCUGGAAAGGUUAUGGAUUGCUGUAAUGAUUUGUUUCGAAUGAAACCUGUCAUGCGACGAGGCUUAUGCUUUCAAACUCGUCCAGGAAUCAAUCAAACUGAAGCAGAUGAUAUUGGACGACUUGUUCUAUCACUCAAAGCUCCGUCAAGCAUCACAAAUCCUCAAUAUAAUUAUACACAGCCACAGCUAGUUGUUUAUCUGACAGAUAACUAUGAACAUAUUGUGGACUUUCCCAGAUUCUAUCUAUAUCCUAAUGAAUGGAAUAGAAUGAGGCUUACAGCUCGUUAUAUUGAGCUAAUACAAAAAAAUGAUGUCUGCACUAACAAGAUAACUGGAAGGGAUGCUGAAUGUACAAUACGUCGUUGGCUAUUGUCAAGUGUUGUUUAUCCAUUCAAUUGUACAUUAGCAUAUCUGCCAAACAUGAGUGGCUUGCCAGUUAAUAAAGGAGUAUGUGAUCCAAGCGUAAUAGCGGAUUCAUACUACCAAAGCAUACAAUUAGUUUUCAAUUCAGUUGAUGUCAAGGAAAAUUGCAUACCUGGCUGUAGAAGAUGGGAUUAUCAAGCUUCUCUUCAACAAAGUCAAACCUUGACACCAUUCCAAUCGUUUACAUUCAAUCUCGAAAUAUCAUAUAAUGAUCUUCAGUAUGAAUAUGUUAAAGAAGUAUAUACAACAUCUGUACCAGGAUUUAUGUCACAAAUCGGAGGUCAAUUUGGUUUUUUCCUUGGACUUUCAAUCAUCACACUAAUGCAGAUGAUUAUCUAUGCAUGCCAUUGGGUUAUAGUUUUCGUAUCGAAAAAAAUUAAAAUGUUUAUUCGCUUUAACAGCAGAAGACAUAACAUUAAUGAUUAA